CUCUUCAUUUUUACAAAUGAAGUACGUACGUAGUACAAUCAUUUGCUCCUUAAUUUACAGAAACUUGAUGAAGUAUUUGCUUUUGCAGUGGGAUAACCCUAACUUAAACAAUGCCGGCCUACCCAAAACGUCUACGAUUAAAGAAUCAUCUCUUGAAGCGAUCGACCGAUCCAUAGGAUAGCUACCUCAGUCCUCAGCCUAUAAACACAUGCAUGAAGAAGUGAAAGUAGCAGCAACUCAGGUCAGGUCAUCGAUCAGCCAUACAGGACUUCGUCCCCCUCCUCCUCUUGCUACCGAUGACGCUCCUCCUGGUCGUGGGCCGCGGCCUGCUCCGGCGUGCGCCGCCGAUCAAGGAAAUGCUGGCCCGCCUCGCCGCCGUCAAGUGGGCUCUGGUGCGGGACUUCUCCACCGCGUUGCGGCAGGACGUCGUGAUCACGGACCGUGCGACCGCGCACCGCCUUCUCGUCCGCGGCGGCGGCGGGGGCGCGUUCUGCAACCGCCCGCCGACGAGCGCGGCCAGCUCCGUCCUCUCGCGCCAACGCCACCACAACAUUGGCUCGGCGCCCUACGGCCCGCUCUGGCGCGCCAUCCGCCGCAACCUCGUCUCCGAGGUCUUCCACCCGUCGCGCCUCCGCCUCUACGCCCCCGCCCGCCGCCGCGCGCUCCGCGGUCUCCUCGCGGACCUCCGCGAGCAGUGCACCUCGUCUAACGUGGCCCUCGCGGCCGAGAGCAUGCACGCUGCCUUGUUCGGCCUGAGCGCCGCCAUGUGCUUCGGCGACGGCGUCGACGCGGGCCGCGUCCGCGACAUGGCCGACGCCAUGGAGGACCUCAUCCGGUCCCUCGUCGGGCUCAGUGUCUUCGCCGCACUCCCGGCGUUGACCGAGUUGGUAUACCGCAAAAAGUGGAACAAGCUGGUCGCGCUCAGGCGGCAGCAGGAGGAGCUGUACCUCCCGCUCAUCAAUGCCCGGCGCGGCCAGCACCACCGUCCGUCCGGCGAAGCCCCAACAUAUGUGGACACGCUCUUCGACCUCCUGGUCGUGGACGACAACUGCUCCGCAUCCGGUGGGAAUUCUCCCAAGCAAAGGCUGACAGACGGCGAGCUCGUGGGGCUCUGCUCCGAGUUUCUUGGCGCCGGCACGGAGCCCGCGAUCGCGGCGAUGCAGUGGGUCAUGGCGAACUUGGUGAAGCAUCCGGAGGUGCAGGAGGCCGUCCGGAGAGAGAUCGACGCUGUCAUCGGAGAGGACGCCGAGGAGGUCGGCGAGGAAGACCUUGGUAAGCUGGAGUACCUCAACGCUGUCCUCAUGGAGGCGCUCCGUCUUCACCCCACCGUCCCCUCGUUGAGUAGGCAGGUGAUACCGGAGGACCACAUCGUUCUGGACGGCCGGCGUGCUUCGGCCGGGACGACGGUGCAGUUCCCGCUGGAGCGUCUGGCGCGGGACAAGGCGGCGUGGGCCGACCCGGAUGAGUUUCGGCCGGAGCGGUUCCUGGCCGGCGGCGAGGGCGAGGGCGUGAGCCUCGUGGCGGCUGCGGGAAGCGCCGGUGAGAUCAAAAUGAUGCCGUUCGGCGCCGGCAGGAGGAUGUGCCCGGGCAUGGGCGUCGCGAUGCUCCACCUCGGGUACUUCGUGGCGAACCUCGUGAGGGAGUUCGAGUGGACGGAGGCGGGAGGCGACAUGGCCGUCGACCUCGAGCCACAGGUCAGGUUCUUGAACGUCAUGAAGCAGCCGCUGCGUGCGCACCUCGCGAUGCGGCGGAAGACUAGAUAAAGUGGUAGAAAUGUGGUCUCAGGAAGGACAUGGAUUCUCUGCUCGUAGGCUUACUCUUUAUCCUCUGCUUGUAAUUAAUUAAGCUCAUUCGAAAGCAUGAGCAACAACGCAUCUGUUGGAAUAAAAUUGAAGAGCAUGUGGUGCA